AUGGAUGUACAAAGCGGACUGAUUAUGGAGAGUCCACUCGAGCAUGGAUCUGAAGACCAUUGGGUUUGGAACGAACAUGACAAGAGUUGUGAUGUGUGUUUACAUGGACAAGAAUCAAAUCGCUUAUGCCUUGCAUAUUUCCGCCCCCAAUACACAUCUGGUACUGCAGCUGUUAGAGGCACAAAAGUCCUCAAUAAUGGAAGGUACUACUGGGAACUUGAACUUCCUUUGGUGAUAUCUGGAACCACCAUAAUGUUUGGUGUUGCAACGAAAAAGGCAAGACUUAAUGCUCAUUUGCAUAGGAACUUACUAUGGAGAGAUCCGCACAUCUGGAGUUUAUCCCAUGACGGAGCAAUCUUCCAUGGAGGUAAAUGGGCUCAUUACACAGAACCUUUCCAAGAUAGUGUUGCUACAACAUUAGGAGUUCUGUUUGAUGGCAUAGAAGGAACAUUAACUUUUUAUAAAGAUGGUGUUUGUUUAGGAGUGGCAUUUAAGGAUUUACACAAAAUUAAUGAAAACAUAUACCCCAUUAUUGCAUCUACUGCAGGAGUGACAUAUAAACUAUCCUUGAAGAAGAGGGACUUCGGGAGUUUACAAGAAAGGUGUCGAGCUGUACUUCUUUCUCAAUUAAAAGGACCGAAAGUACCAAAAACAGACCUUGGAAGGUUGGUUUUGGUACCUACACCAUCUUUGCCUGUAGCAAUAAGGAACUAUUUAAAUGAAUCUAUAGCAAAAACAGGUGUACGUGCAGAGAGAUUCAAUGAUUUCGAUUGA